AUGGCGCCGGCUCGAGACCAUAAUGUUGCGAAGAAGCGAAGAGGCAGACCUCCUGGGAGCCGCAAUGGGGGUGCGACCGCAAGCCGAGUCGCGAAGCCUGUAGCAACUGCAGCCAACAGCAAGAGGACCAAGCCAGGGAAGAGGCCGCGAGGAGAGGAGGAAGAGGAUGAGCUUUCUAUAGUCGCACCCACGCAGACUCAACGCUCUGAAUCACGGAAACGCAAGGUUCGCGUCAACGCCGGCGAGAUCGCCGCAGAACCUACAACGAUCCAGAAGAAGUAUGUGCAGCUGGAAUCGAAGACGAGGAGGAUACCACAAGAUGUCAUCGAGACAUGGCCACAUUUAUCUCCAUCAGUCCUGGAACAGAUCAGUGCUGUCAUCAAAGACGCAAAAAAAGACAUUACGAAUACGCAACGAGAUGAACGCAAAAUCAUGUCUGCACACAAUACAUUAAACCCACUCGUUAAGAGACUUGUGCGCCAACUCGCUGCUUCGAAGAUACCGCCCCAGGCUAGAGACAUUCACUUCAAUAUCGACAAGCUCACAGAGCGCAACGGACACGUCUUUCGCGACGUGACAACGGCACGCCAUUCGAAGCAACUUCUUAGCGAACAAGUCAAGGCGGCACAUGUCCUACUGUCCAAAGAUGAGAAGAGCCUGGAUGGGCUCAAAAAGGAUGCGAAGGAGUGGAGAGCAGAGUGGAAGCGCCAGCAAAGACACGGACGGAUUCAUCCCCUGCUCGAAAAUUCCGACAACGUACAUGCCGACGGCGACGGUCCAAGUGACAUUGCCCUGAGGCUGUCAGCUGCUAUAGAUUCCUCUGCGUUCGAUGCGCCCGACGCCGAGCUUGCGCCAAUCCUCGAACAACUCCGACGCAGUCUAGAAAACAUGCAAGGAAACCAUGUGCAGGUAGCGGGCAUUGAGGCAGGGGUGACAUAUGCGCGGACGGCUCUAGACGACGUGCUCUUUAAAAAUGCCAGUACGGAACAGUACGCUGCGCUGUGA